UAGUUUUAAAAGGAAUCUUUACUUUUAAUAAAUCCUUAUUUGACCUUAUAUUCUUAUUCGUAUCUUCAACUUCUGUUGUUCUCAAUAAAAACGAAAAAUUAACCAAACCCCAUCACCACCAUCUUCAUCGUCGUCGCCGCCACUAAUCUCGCCAUCAGUUCUAUCAUCACCUCCUUAUACUUUCACCAAAUCCACCACCACCAGCACCAUCACCACAUCGUAAACAAUCCAUGUAGAUCGACGAAUCAACGAUUGAAUUUUUGUACCGAAUCAGAAAUAUCAGAUUCAUUUUGUUAUCAACUGGAAUUCGCUUGGAGAACCUUAAAUCAACAAUAACAUACAGGUCUUAAAGAUUUGUCACCAUCGGUUUAGGAAGAGAGGAUGAAUUUUUUUAUCAAUUAUUAGAUCUGAGAUUUCAACUGUCGGAAACCAACAAAAUUGAUUAGCGGUAUUGCAGAUGGAAAGAUGUAAGAACGAUGAAAUUUAUGGUGGUUCUGGUUGGAAUGAUAUAUUUGAUGAAGUGGUUGGAAUGUUGUUUGUGGUGAGGUUAAUUAAAAUUUUAAAAUUAGUGAUGAAGAUAUUGGUGGUUCUGGAUGUCGCGGUGGUGAUGGUGGUGGAGGUUAUCUGUGAUUGUUGGUGGGUAUGGAACUAUAAAUUGGUGUAUACUACUCCGUCAACUGUUGAAGUAUGGACGAGAUGGUUUCCCUUCGUCGGAAGUUAUAUAGUGUCCAAACAUGAAACUUGGUGCCAGUAUUAUCUUCAUGGAAGCAUGCAUGGAUGUUCAGCCUGGCGUAGUGGUGGCGGCGGCGGUGGAGUGGUGGUGGUGGCGGCGGAAUGAUGGUUAGUAAGUGGUGGUGGCGGCGGCGGAAUGAUGGUUAGUAAGCGGCGGCGGCGGCGGCGGAAUGAUGGUUAGUAAGUGGUGGUGAUGGUUAGUAAGUGGUGGUGGUUGUGGUGGUGGUGCUGUUGGUGAUGGGAUGGUGGCGGUGGAAUAAUGGCGGUGAAGUUGAUAGAAAAAAAAUUGUAUUUUGAAAUAAAAGAAAAUAUUGUAUAAGUGAGGGUAUAAAGGUAAUCUAUUUUUAUAUGGAUAAGGUUUUUGAAUGAGAGGGGUAUAUUUAUUGUUGUAUAAGGAUAUAUCUAUUGGAUGUCAAAAUUAAGGGUAUUUAAUUAAUAUAUCCUUAUAUUAUAGACAAGAAAUCACCUAUCAACCACGAAGUGUAUUUUCGAUAUGCACAUUUAUUUAUUUUUGUUGAUGCAA